AUGCCUAAAAUGCUGAUGUCAAGUGCAAUUUGGUGGAAAGGACCUCAAUUUUUAUUGUUACAAUCAUCAGAUUGGCCAAUUACUAAUUUUUCAAUUUCUAAACACGAUCUCCCAGAACUAAGAAAAUCUAAAACUAUUUUGGUCAUAUCACAACAUACAAAAAUUUGUGAUUUAUUUACAAAAUUCUCUUGUUUACAACGAUUAAAAAGAGUCACAGCAUAUUGUAUGCGUUUUAUCAAUAAUGCACGAAAAUCUGAUACCAAAGUUAUUGGCCCAUUAUCAGUUGAAGAAUUGGAAAACACCAAUACUAUUUUAAUUAAAUUAUCUCAAAUGGAAUCAUUUUCCGAGGAGCUAGAAUUACUUCGUAAAAACAAGCAAUUAGAUGCUAAACAUAAAUUUGCUUCAUUAGCGCUCUUUAUUGAUGAGAAAGGAAUCAUCAGAGUUGGGGGACGAUUAAAAAAUACUUACUUACCAUUUAACAUCAAACAUCCAAUCUUACUCUCAAGUAAACACAAUUUUACCAAGCUAAUUUUUAAUCAUAAACAUAGUCAAUUGUUACACCCAGGACCACAACUACUAUUAAGUUCGGUUCGACAAUUCUACUGGCCUGUUGGUGGUUCUAUAUUAGCCAAACAAACAGUGAGAAAUUGCGUGAAUUGUUUCAAGUUCAAUCCUAUUCCAUUUUCCUGUCCAAUGUCAAACCUACCGAAUGAAAGAAUUAGGCCUACGCUUCCAUUUGAAGUGACCGGAGUUGAUUAUGCCGGCCCAUUCUAUAUUUUGAACAAACCAGGUAAAGGAGCUAAACUUAAUAAAUGUUAUUUGGCUAUUUUCGUUUGUUUUUGCACUAAGGCAGUACAUUGCGAAAUAGUAACUGAUUUAACUUCCAACAAUUUCUUAGCAUGCUUAAAACGCUUUGUAUCUAGACGAAGUGUUCCCAAAAUAAUAUAUUCCGAUAACGGAACUACAUUUCACGGCACUAACAACUUAUUGAAAGAUCUUAGUAAAUUUUUAUUUAACAAUCAGGCCUCUAUUGUCAAUUCUACCAGUCAAUAUAAUAUACAAUGGAAGUUUAUUCCUCCGUACAAUGUAUCUUUAUAUGCGAAAUUUUGA